CGGGCGGCACGACGCGCCAGUAUUCAGCCCGCGACGGUCGCGAGCGUUCGCGUACUUUCAGCUUUGCUAGUACAUAUGUAUUUAUUUGGGCUUGUUCUGUGCACGUAUAUAGUAUAUUAGUACAUACACAAACGUAUAUCCGAGUUCGUAAGGAUAAAUCUCCUAACCGGGGCAAGUGAAUUUUUCUCAAGAUUCUUUUCGACCACGCAUAUCGGUGAGGAGACGGAAUUGAAGAAACUUUUAACUUGUGAUGGAAUGCAGAAAGAGAGUAUGUGGAGGAGAGUUUCCCGAAGAAUCGCGUGAAAGUGAGAAUCGCGAUGGUUGACUACUUAAAAAUGCCGAUUGUUUAUUAGUGGGGAAUUCUAGAAAUGGCAAAGUAAAAGAAGAAACGAAAACAGUGUAGCGGAAAUCUUACGAAACGUGAACGGCGGGUGAUAUGAGUGAAUAUAGGAUCUUUCGUGACGUUAAAUGAUCGAGUUACGGCUUGGUCGAAACAAUCCCCGUCGAUUAACCGGCACGCGAUACGUCGGAAACACGAUUAAAACACAGUGCGUCCUUCUCUUUUGCGCAAAGAAACCGACAGAUUCGUGAGCUCGCGUGGAAAGUGAAACAACGUUGGAUACAGGGAACGGAAGAAAACGGGGUGCGUUCGAGAAGAGAAGUGAAAAAGGAAAAAUAAUGUGGUGUCACGUCCUCGCCAUCGUCGUCGCUUUUUUGUGCGUUGUCUACGCUCAAGGAGGCCCGCGAACAUUUUCUGCUAGGCCUUACCGUGGAGGGUCAACAGUAACAACAAGAGCAGUUCUUCAAGGUACGGCAGAGUUGUCAUGUGAUAUCCGUCCACCGCAACAAAAUGAUUCCGUAAUUCUAGUUGUUUGGUACAAAAGCGAUACCACACCUAUUUACAGUUACGAUAUGAGAGGCAAACAUUCUGAAAAAGCUUCUCAUUGGAAUAAUAAGGACCAUCUAAACGACCGUGCAUUCUUUAGAACUGUCACUGAACCAGCAACAUUAAACAUCAAUCACAUUGAAGAAAGAGACGAAGGUGAAUACAGAUGUCGAGUAGAUUUCGCGAAGAGUCCUUCCAGAAAUUCAAGAAUUCACCUGAUGGUCAUAGUACCACCGCAUAAACCAAAUAUUAUCGAUGAACGUGGAACUGUGCCAGCGGUAGCAGGUCCGUAUGAAGAAGGUGGUGAUAUGAAAUUACAAUGUCUUGUUUCUGGAGACGAACGUCCCCGUACGAUACACGACAGCUUGGAAGGAACUGACAAAUAUUCGCUAUUUCACGAGCUCUUACUGUCAAUGCCAUGUCGACCAGAGCCAAAAGUGAGAUGGUGGCGGGGAGAAAUGCUCCUUGAUUCGAAAGAUGAGCCAGGAGAGUUUCCAUCUCUUCGUAGAAAUGCUUUAAUAGUAAGGGAACUUUCAAGAGCUGAUCUUCAUGCGGUAUUUACUUGUCAAGCAUCCAACAACAAUAUCAGUCAACCUGUCUCUGCAUCGGUUGCAAUUGAAAUGCAUUUGAAACCAUUAUCUGUAGCAAUAUUAAGUAAUGAGCACGCACCCCUUAGCGCUGGACGAAAAUAUGACAUAAACUGUAUGACUGUUGGAUCCAGGCCACCAGCAAAGUUAUCGUGGUACAUGGAUGGAAAGAAACUUAGUAAUUACACGGAGAAGGUAUCUCAAGAUGGUAACAUGACAAGUUCGACGUUGAUAUUGAAACCAACGUUGCUUGAUCACGAUAAAGUAAUCACUUGCCGUGCAGAAAAUUUUGAAAUUCAACGAGGUAUAGUCGAAGACACAUGGAAAUUAAAUGUAUUCUUUGUACCAAUUUUACAUCUGGAGUUAGGAUCGAAUAUGAAUCCAGACGAUAUCGAGGAAGGUGAUGACGUAUACUUUGAAUGCAAAGUUCAUGCUAAUCCUGGCGCUUACAAAGUUAUAUGGAGGCAUAAUGGAAAUAUUAUUCAGAACAAUGCGAAAAAUGGUGUAAUAGUGCAACAAUAUGGUUUGGCUUUGAGGGAAGUUAAUCGUUCUCAAGCAGGCAAUUAUACUUGUAUUGCUAGCAACGUCGAAGGAGAUGGUUACAGUAAUACUGUCGAACUUAAAAUCAUGUACAAACCUAUUUGUUUACCUGACCAGAAACGAAUUUAUGGCGUAGCUCGUCACGAAGAUGCCCGAGUAACAUGCAGCGUAGAGGCAUACCCAUCUCCAGAUAGUUUCCGUUGGACUUUUAACAAUACGGAAGAAAUGGUAGAUGUACCUCAGGCACGGUACAAGAAUUCUACACGUCAUAGUCAAAGUAUUCUUAUUUAUCGGCCAAUUACAGAAAUGGAUUACGGUACAGUGUUCUGUUGGGCAAGUAAUACCGCUGGCCAACAAAAGAACGCUUGCAUAUUUCAUAUCAUUCCUGCAGGAAAACCUGAAUCUCUGUACAAUUGCACGUUGUCUAAUCAAACAACCGAUUCACUCUCGGUGGAGUGUUGCGUUGGUUUCGACGGUGGUCAACCGCAGCACUUUCUUCUUGAAGUCUUUGAUCAGCAUACAGGAGUACUGCAAGCCAAUAUUACAUCCGAGGAAAACGCUGUUUUUACUGUUCACGGAUUACAAUCUGGCAAAAUCCUUAACAUGGUUUUAUAUGCCGUAAAUGCGAAAGGAAGGAGCGAACCCACUUUGUUGGAAGGAUUUACAUUAAAGAUUGCUGAGAAACAAACUGGAAUACCAGUACCAUUCGAAAUUUCCCCAUUAUUAGGAGGAUUGAUUGGAGUAGUAACUGCAUUGCUUUUUGUUACUAUUACUAUUCUAAUAGCUAUGAAAAUUAGAAAUGAACGAAGAACUCAAAGACCAAGUGAUCUACCGUUAAAGAAAAGCACCGCACCCAGUUCCGAAGAUUUGUAUGAUACAGAAGAUAGAAAUCCAGAUGUUGUACCAAUAAAUAAAGGUUCUGAUUACCAAUUGACGGGAUCAAUAUCUGGCACUCCGUUAGCCACGCAAAAUACACCGGAUGGACUUACGGCGACCUCGCUUUCUAUACAACAAGUGACUCACCUACAAGGAUUGUCACCGUAUCCACACGAGUAUAAUAAUUAUCCGGCAUUAUCGAGAAUCAUACAAACUAUCCCAUCUUGUAGCGCCAGGUCGACCAACAAGGAAUCAUCUCCAAAUUUAUCAGACGAGGUAACGUACGCCGAAUUAUGUUUGACACGUCCAUCAGCAUUAUCAACGUUAGUAAGCGAUACAACGUUGACUGGUGCAAGUGGAAUUGGCAGUUUAAGUACACUCGACGGUUACGGUAGUGGGGUGAUCGUAGGUGGUAAACCAUGUGCAAGAGAAGCUACGAUUUAUGCUUGCAUAGAUCACAACGCAAGACCAUUAAAAAUUGAUCCAUCAUCUACUUCGCCGUUCACAUUGGCAUCUCUGUCGACAAGAAAUACAUUUCGGGACUGUAAUGUUUCAACAAUGAAUAACAAACACCCCACAAGAGAAAUUGUUACUGUACGUACACCGUUAAUAUCAACCCAGGAAAGUUGUGUAUAGGGAUGCGAUUCUGACGCGCUGAAUAUCAACGAAUACUACGUUUGAUCUGUUGUGCGCGUCUAUUUCUCAAAUGUGGUUCUACAACCAUUUGUCCUAUAACGAAACGUACAUACAUACAUACAUGAUAUUUGAUAUGCGACAAGUGUGUAAAGUAGUUAACAGAAUUAACGUCAGGUGGACUAAUCAAUCAUUAAUUGUCAAAUAUUAGUGCGGUAGCGAAAGAAUACAAAGGAACAACGUGUCCUCUUGGUAUAUUAAAAAUAAAAGCGUGAUAUUAAUGUUAAUCUACGAAUUGUUCAAAGACACUGAUAAGUUAAGUUUAAAUUUGGUCACUAAGACUGAUUUAAAUAUUAUGUAAUCUUUCAUGUACAGGGUGCCCCGUUUAUUGUAAGCAACUAAAUUGUUUCGCCCGUUAUUUGAAAUGCAAAAAUAUUCACGGUUGCAUGAUUUAAAGAUCUGUCUUUAAUACUAGGUGGACAUUUCAAGUUCACAAAGCUAUAAGCUUUUCGUUACUCGUGUUAUAACUCGUACCAAUUGAUCGAAAUACGGAAGAUCAGUGGUUGUUAUAUCGGUUCUCAAUUUUUCGUUAAUGUUCAAUAUACAUUACAUCAUUACGCAUUUCACGCAUUAAGAUAUUAAUUACCAUUUCUUCACCCAACCUCCAUAUUUUUCGAAUUACUUGCGAUAUGUAAGUACUUAGAAUUGUGUUUAGCGUAUUAAACUAUAAUACUUCGUAUAACUGAUAAUGAUAUCCAUUCGGGUGAUAUGAAAAUUUCUAUGACUAAUUUUUAUCCAUAAUAUGCUGAUUUAUCUUUCACCAUCGUAUGACGAUAAAAACUCAUGGUGUUACACAAAAUGAUACGAAUAACAGUGUGAGAAUUGUCAAUUCUGACAAUGUAAGAAAUAUAUCUUUUGUCAUGAAUAAAUAUACAGGAAACAUUCGAUAAUUGCAUAAGAAUAUUCUCUUCGUAAUUACACAGUCGUCAUCCUGGUUACGGGGUGGGAGGUUGGGUAUAUUGUAUUUGGUGACGUUUUAAUCAUAAAAAUGUAAGAAACACGUUGUUGGUAAACAUGUUUCAUUUAUCACGUAUCAAAAAUAAGAAAACUUGAUUUUUAAGUUAAACGUAUCAGCUUGUCUCCAGCCUUUAUCGUUUGCCGAACGUCCUUCUUCCCCUUUCACUCACGUUGUCCUUUUUCUACAUCCGGCACAUCUGAAAUCUCAGUUUCGAGAAUCGAGAAUCGAGAAUCGAGAAUCGUUUUUGCCUUUGCAGAAUUGCAACACUCGAUUUUUGUGCAAUUACCGAAUGUUUCGUGUAUUUUGUUUCGUUCUCUUUUCUUAAUCGUGUCGGCCAGAUGAAAUACGACGGUGCAGAGGAAAUGUAAAUCUCCAUUGAUUCAUAAAGUCUCGCGGUUUGCUCCUUGUAGUUAAUAUACAUAUAACGGAGGUUAAUCUACACAAGAUUGUGUCAGGAUUACUCUUCUAGGAUUAGCGAAUUUCUUGUAACAAGUGAUAUUCGCAUCAGGAAAGAUAUUGCUGUCAGUCGGAAAGAAAUAAAGAACAACGAAUAUAUACAAACAAUCUCGCUUGACAUUUGUCAUUGUUUCUCUAGUUAAUUUGAAAAUUCGGAGCCUUUAUAGAUCCGUGGCUAGAGCGGAGAUGCCAGAAACGGGAUACGAAGUGGGAGCUGAUGAAACUGAGAUAUUCGCGCUUCCGCGUUCAGUUGGCAUAGCUGUGUCAGAAUGCUAGACGGUGUUUUUCAACUACUAUAUCUAUCGGAACAAGAGAGAGAGAGAGAGAGAGAGAGAGAGAAACAGAGAGAGAGUGAAACAGAGAUAGACAGAGAGAUAGAGAUAGAGAUAAACAGAGAGAUAGAGAUAGAGAUAGAGAGAGAGAGAGAGAGACAGACAGACAGACAGACAGACAGACAGACAGACAGACAGACAGAGAAAGAAAGAAAGAGCUCCCAUGUACAUGUGUACAUAUAUACUAUCACGACAUGGGAAAUUGCCUUGAUCAACGAGAUAUCUUUUACGUAGUAGCAUUGCUAGUCAACGAACGAUUCAGGAACAGCCUCGUUCUCAACUUACUGCUAAAAAAGAAGUUGGGUGUACUAGAUUCAAGUCGUCGUCGUGUAAGUCCUAUUAGGCUGAACGAGGACAUUGAAAGUGGACUGCACAGAUUUUAAUCCGGAGCGGAUCAAGAGUGAACGAGUAAAGAAUAUCGAAAGAGUGUAUUCGUCCAUGUUAGUCGUAGUUCGUCCUCUUAUGACUCACAGUACUUUUGUCUUCGCGCAUAUCGCUCGUUACAGAAAGCUCGCUUCUUGUGUAUGUUAACCAUAAGCAAGAUGCUUAGUUAAGUAAGCUAUGCUGUAUGCUACCAAGUUAAACUAUGAUGUAGUGUGUGAGUUAAAGGAGAUCAUCGUUUCCUUGUCGACUAAUGUGAACAACAAAAUUUAAGGAAAUGUCAAUGUAAGAGCCUCGAAUCAAAUGCAACCUACAUCAUCAUCUAAUUCCCAUCAUUAAUAACAAUGAAAAAAAGUUGUGUUCAUAAGUUGGAGAUUACUAUGUAUAUAUCUUCGCAUAUCUUAUUUAAAUUAUUAUACCGAUAUAAUUACUACGCUAUAAAUUUCAAAAAAGUAUUUAUGAGUUGAUACAUACUUGAAUUAUUUCAGAGUUCAAUAGGCUUUAAUGAAUUUUUAUCAGAAUUGAAAAAUCAAAUAAAGUUGAUCAAUUGAAACUGGGAUUACACAAUGAUUUAAUAUUUAAACAUGACAAUUCGAUCAAGUAUUAUUUUUAAUGCCCACGCGUAUGUGCACGGUUGAUAAUUAUUUGGAAUAGGAGCAAUUUCACCGAUGAUCUUGAAAUGUGUUAUCAAGGUCAAUAUUCCGAACAAUUUUUUCUUAUGCAUGUAAACCGCCGUUCGGCUCCGGUUCAAAAGUUAUAAAGCAAUUUAUAUUUAAUACCAAAUGGCGUUAUUCAAUAAAUCAUUUCAUAAAUAUUUAUUCUGUAAACAAUGUUACAACGACGAUAGAUAUAUUUGUAUAUCUUUCAUCAGUUGAAAAUCAAAACAAAGAACGACAUUCCAUACAUAUCAAUCGAUGCAUCGAAUAUUAUUUCACGCUUAUCUUGCCGCCAUUAGGCUGUCUGAUGCUAUUCUACGCCGAUCUAUUCUAAUCCAUCAGUUUUUCUUUUUUAUUUGUCCAAUGUUAAAAACGAUUAUCUCAUUAAUGAGCUAAGUUUAGGUUGGGUUGUAUAAAACUGCGACUAUCCAGAAUAAAGCAUAAUCCUAAAGUAAACGUAAUCGAAGAUUUUUGCAAAUAUCUUGGCAACUAAAGCAUACCGGCGGUUAUACACACAUAUAUGUAUGUGUGUAUAGGAAUGUUCGCUUUGACAAUGUAUUUCAAGGUCAUGGAAAUUGGUGAGAUCGCCUGUUCUAUUCCGAACCGAGUUACCGUACCGUUUAAUAUACAUAGUAUUAGUAAAUUUUAGUUCCAAUCAAUAUAUGAAUUUGAUGUAGCACUGCUAGUAUGAUGAUAGAUAAUAUGUAUUAUAAAAAAAACGUAAAAGUGUAUUGUAAAAGUGGAAUAUGACCAAAAUACAUGAAUUGUUUUGUAAUGAUUUA